ACUCCUCUUGAUAUUAUUGGUCAAAUUGAAUUGGAAAUUAAAAUUAACUAUAUUAAAACUUAUAUCAUUGCUUAUGUCGCAACAAAUUUAAUUACACCAAUUCUUUUAGGCAAUGACUGGAUUAAUUUUAAUCAUGUUCACCCCUUUGGCGACCAGAAACACUUAACAAUUCCUGAUCAACAUGGUCAAUUAACUCGAAUUCCAUACACUGAAUCGUCUUCCAUCAAUUAUCCCGCUCUAUUAGUUAAUAAAAUUACCCUUCCUCCACAUUCACAAACACUGGUUGACAUUACUUCUCAAGUUACUAAUGCCAACAAUUUAAUAUUUGAACCAUAUGAUCGCUAUAUCUCAAAAUUUAUUUUCAUACCGCAUACAUUAUUAAAUGUUAAUAAUCAUCAAGCAAAAAUUUUAUUAAUAAAUGCUCAAAAUCGUCAACAAACAUUACCAAAGAAUACACGCAUCGGAACUCUAUCAUAUGACACAACAUUGUCCAUAUGUACUACAAUACAAAACUCGACAAAACCGGAACCACCGUCGAAUUUUCAAUCAUCCCGAAAACACAAAAUUCCUAAAAUAAGAGCUAUCUCAUAUGAUAAAGAUAACUCGAAUCAAACUCUCCGAGAUAAUCGUUGUCAUCAAUGUGAUGAAUAUUUUCUAUCUGGAAAUGACUUACAAAAACAUUUACGUGCACAAUGUUAUUCAGAUCAGAUUCGAAAACAAAUAAUCGAAUCGACUGCUCAUAUAGGAAAUCCAAAACAUCGAGAAGCAAUUCAAGAUAUAUUAUGGCGAAAUAAAAUAUUAUUUGAUCCGACACCAUCAAUUAUUAAUAUUCCACCGCAAUCGGCAAUUAGAACUGGUGAUCAUCCACCUAUUUAUUCGAAACAAUAUUCAGCUUCGUAUAAAGAUCAAGAAAUUAAAUUUCAAGAAACACAGAAAUUAUUAGAACGUGGUCAAAUUGAAGAAUCAACAUCUCCAUGGUCAUCACCUAUCGUUCUCGUCAAGAAGAAAGACAAAACCAUGCGAUUUUGCAUUGAUUAUCGUCGAUUAAAUGCCAUCACGAUUAAAGAUGCAUUUUCACUACCACGAAUUGAUGAAAUAUUCGAUCAAUUAUCUGAUGCAACGUAUUACACAAAAUUUGAUUUUAAAUCAGGAUAUUUCCAGGUUCCUCUAUCGAAAGAGGACCGACCAAAAACUGCUUUCUCAACCCGAGACAAUCAUUAUCAAUUUACAGUUCUUCCACAAGGAAUAACGAAUGGUCCAGCUACAUUUCAACGUGUUAUUAAUCACAUAUUAGGUCCUGCACGAUGGAAAUAUGCAUUAGCAUAUAUUGAUGAUGUAAUUAUUUACUCCAAGACAUUCGAAGAACAUUUGUCUCAUCUCAAGGAAAUUUGUCAAAUAUUAAAAAACGCUCGUUUUCGUCUCAAUCCAGAUAAAUGCGAAAUUGCUCGUACGCAAACAGAAUAUCUUGGACAUCAUAUCCAAAAUGGUGAAAUUCGUCCAAGUCCACACAACAUACAAGGUUUAUUAAAUACAAAUUUACCACACACAGCAGAUGAAGCUUGUAAAUUUGUUAAAGCAGCAGAAUAUUAUAGAAAAUUCAUACCAAAUUUUUCACAAAUUGCCGAACCACUUAGGAAAUUCGUACCAACUACCAGAACGCAACAGAAAAAAGGACAAAAAACGUUAAUUAAAUUAACAGAUGAAGAAAUUAAAGCAUUUGAACAACUCAAACAUUUUCUUACAACUGAUUUAGUUUUACGUCUACCAAAUAAUAGAUUCCCUUUUAAAGUUCAAACAGAUGCUUCUGAUGAGGGAAUCGGUGCUGUUUUAUUACAAACUUAUCCUGAUGGAGAUAGACCUGUAGCUUAUCUUUCUAAGAAAUUUACUCCAGCACAGCGUAAAUGGUCUCCUAUGGAACAAGAAUGUUAUGCUUUUAUUUGUGCUUUAGACAAAUGGCAUAAUUAUUUAAGUGGAAUUAAAUUCACUUGGGAAACUGACCAUAAGGCAUUAACACAACUAAAUCAAAAAGCACAACUUAAUAAACGAUGUGAAAGAUGGAGAUUAAAAAUCUUAGAAUAUGACUUCAAGGUGAAAUAUAUCCCAGGUUCAACUAACUCGAUGCCUGAUUAUUUAUCAAGAUCUCCAGUCGAUGAUGCCGAAGAAGAUCCUGAUGAAAUUUCACUUCUUAUUUCGAAAUCCACACAAACCGAUUUCUCAGAUAUAAAAAACCAAUCAUCUAUCGUCGCAACUGUUCAAACUCGUGCGAUGAAAUUACGACAUCAAGCUUUAAAUGAUCCGAACGAUGGCACAAAAUCAGCACAAGAUUCUCUAACUUCUUCAUCCGCCAAUCAAACAUUAAAUAAUUCAAUGAAAGAGAAUCGAAUAAUUCCAUUUUCUAUUGAAGAAUUAAUUCAAGCUCAACAAAAUGAUAAUUAUGCAAAAAAUAU